AUUGUGAUAUUCUUCCAUGUCAAUGUACAGCUCUACCAAGUCAGUGUACCAAUCUACCAUGUCAGUGUACCAAUCUACCAUGUCAAUGUACCGAUCUACCAAGUCAGUAUACCAAUCUACCAUGUCAGUGUACCAAUCUACCAUGUCAAUUUACCGCUCUACCAAGUCAGUGUACCAAUCUACCAUGUCAGUCUACCA